GUGGAGUUUAUUCUAUGACAAAAUAUUAUGUGUAUAUAAAAAUUUAUUAUUAAAUAGAUUAUUAUGUAUUUUUUUUUUUAAGUUAGGACUAUUUAGUACUAACUUUUUAAUAAUAAUAAAUUAACCUAUUUUUUUCAAUAUACUUUCUUUCAACAACAAACUCAGAAACAGUCUCAAAGCUACGAUUUUCCUCUUCUUUUUCUUGUCCUGUGAGGUGCUUCACCGCUGCCUGAUGCCACCGCUCUCCGCCGGAUUUGCCACCACUUCUUUCUUCCUCCAUUGCCGAUAGCUCUCUGCUCUCCGCCGCCUACAACUCUGCCACCACUUGAAGCUUUCCGCGUUCUGCCGUCUGCACCCUCUCUCCAGCCAUCACUUUCUCCCUGUUCUCCGCCGCCAACAGAACCCUAACACUAUUGAGGUCAGUAAGUCAAAAUAGAACGAGAAGGUUAACGAUCUUCGGCUAAAUGGGGGAUCGAGAAGAAAAAGAAGAAGGAAGAAGGAGAGUGGUGUUUGUGACAGUUGGAACGACUCGUUUUGAUGCUCUUGUGAGUGCAGUUGAUUCAGAAAAUGUCAGAAAAGUUUUGGCAGCUAAAGGCUAUACCCAUCUUCUCAUUCAAUUGGGUCGUGGAUCCUAUCUUCCUUCUAAGUCAGAUGGAGAUGAUGGCUCGCUGGCUGUAGACUAUUUUACUUUUUCAUCAAGUAUUGCAGACUAUCUCAGAUCAGCUUCUCUUGUAAUCAGCCAUGCAGGAUCAGGUAGUAUAUUUGAGACAUUGAGGCUGUGUAAACCUUUAGUAGUGGUUGUGAAUGAAGAUUUGAUGGAUAAUCAUCAAAGUGAGCUUGCAGAAGAACUUGCAGAGAGAAAACAUCUCUACUGUGCUAGGCCUCAAAACCUCUAUCAAACAUUAGCAGAUAAAGCCCCUCUUUUUUUUCCCUUUCUUUUUUUUUUGGUUUUGAUGACUGUAUCUGUGAGGGAGGGUAAUUGAUUUUGUUAAUACUUCUGUUUCUCCGUUGUUUAUAUGGAGUGUUAUUGUUUUCUACUAGAUUUUUGUGUGUAAAAAAAAAAAAAAACAAUCAAACAUGUUGAUUCAUCGAACGAGCAAAAUACAUGAGCAAGGAUUACAAUCAAAACACAAACAUUAGUACAUUACACUUUGUUGCUAAUUCUAUAAGAGUUUGUGUUGU